AUGGCUCAUUUGUUGUUGGAGUCACUGCAGAAAGGUGCUCCCAUUAGUCCAUCUGUGCCCAAUCCGACAAUUCCACCUAGCCUUUCAACAAUCAGUCAGAGGACAUUCACAAGUCACCCAAGGGCUCAUUUGCUAGGGACAGUACUACAAAAGGGUCAUAUUCCUCCAUCUGCGCCCAAUCCGCCAAUUCCACCUCGCCUUUCAACAAUCAGUCAGAGGGCAUUCGCAAGUCACCCAAGGGCCCAUUUGCUAUGGACAAUAUUACAAAGGGGUCAUAUUCCUCCACCUGCUCCCAAUCCGACAAUUCCACCUCGCCUUUCAACAAUCAAUCAAAAAGCAUUUGGAAGUCACCCAAGGGCUCAUUUGCUUGGCACAGUACUACAAAAGGGUCAUAUUCCUCCACCUGGACCCAAUUCGAAAAUCCCACGUCACCUUUCAACAAUCAGUCAGAGGGCAUUCGCAAGUCACCCAAGGGCUCAUUUGCUAGGGACAGUACUACAAAGGGGUCAUAUUCCUCCAUCUGUGCCCAAUCCACCAAUUCUACCUCGCCUUUCAACAAUCAGUCAGAGGGCAUUCGCAAGUCACCCAAGGGCCCAUUUGCUAUGGACAAUAUUACAAAGGGGUCCUAUUCCUCCACCUGCUCCCAAUCCGACAAUUCCACCUCGCCUUUCAACAAUCAAUCAAAAAGCAUUUGGAAGUCACCCAAGGGCUCAUUUGCUUGGCACAGUACUACAAAAGGGUCAUAUUCCUCCACCUGGACCCAAUUCGAAAAUCCCACGUCACCUUUCAACAAUCAGUCAGAGGGCAUUCGCAAGUCACCCAAGGGCUCAUUUGCUAGGGACAGUACUACAAAGGGGUCAUAUUCCUCCAUCUGUGCCCAAUCCAACAAUUCCACCUCGCUUUUCAACAAUCAGUCAGAGGGCAUUCGCAAGUCACCCAAGGGCCCAUUUGCUAUGGACAGUACUACAAAGGGGUCAUAUUCCUCCACCUGCUCCCAAUCCGACAAUUCCACCUCGCCUUUCAACAAUCAAUCAAAAAGCAUUUGGAAGUCACCCAAGGGCUCAUUUGCUUGGCACAAUACUACAAAAGAGUCAUAUUCCUCCAUCUGCUCCCAAUCCGACAAUUCCACCUCUCCUUUCAACAAUCAAUCAAAAAGCAUUUGCAAGUCACCCAAGGGCUCAUUUGCUUGGGACAGUACUACAAAAGGGUCAUAUUCCUCCAUCUGGACCCAAUUCGAAAAUCCCACGUCACAUUUCAACAUUAAUUAGCCAAAACAAUAACUAG